ACUGACUGAACACAGCCUGGGACCCGUGCAGAUAUGUCGGUGCUGCUGUGCCUCGUAGCAGGAGCUGUCUCCUUUUAUGUCAUAGUGUACUACGGUGUGUUUAGAGGAGCGAAGUGCUUAGGUUCUGUAAAGUUAACGGGGAAGACUGUCGUUGUUACAGGAAGUAACACUGGCAUCGGCAAAGCCACGGCUCUGGAUCUGGCAAAGAGAGGAGCCAGGGUGAUCCUGGCCUGCCGCAACAAGGAGAGAGCUGAGGCUGCUGCUUUUGACAUCCGCAGAGAGACUGGGAACAGCCAGGUGGUGUUCAUGCAGCUGGACUUGGCCAGCCUGAAAUCUGUUCGCAGUUUUGCUAAAACAUUCCUGAAGACUGAACCCAGACUGGACAUCCUCAUCAACAAUGCAGGCAUGAUGGGUCCAGGGCGUACCGAGGAAGGCUUCGGCAUGGCCUUUGGGGUAAAUCACUUGGGUCACUUUCUGCUCACCAACCUUCUCCUGGAGCGGCUGCAGCAGUGUGGUCCCAGUCGAGUGGUCACAGUGACUGGACUCCUGUACCGCUUAGGGAACAUCGACUUUCCUCUGCUGGCGUCCAAAAAGGAUUUAGUGCCGGGUCAGUCUACCUGGCACAACUUUCAGGCCUACUGUCACAGUAAACUGUGUAACGUGCUCUUCACCAGGGAGCUGGCCAACAGGCUGCAGGGCACCAAUGUCACCUGCUACACCCUCCACCCAGGAGUAAUCUACACAGACCUCUGUCGAAAUUUGAGCCUGUGGCUGCAGCUCCUCGUGAAGCCCUUUGCCAAGCUCUUCUUUCUGGAUCCCGAGGGGGGGUCCCAGACCACCCUACACUGUGCCCUGCAGGAGGGCAUCGAGCCUCUCAGUGGGCGCUACUUCUCCAACUGUGUGCUGCAACAAGUGGGAGCCAAGGGACGAGAUGAUGCCUUGGCAAAGAAACUGUGGGAAGUGAGUGAAAGGUUAACCAAUUUAGCUUAAGAGGCUGAAUCCUAAUCCAGAAACUCAGAGACUGUAUGAAUGCUCUCUGCCUCAGAAACAUGAACAGGCCUCUGGUCUUUCAAUGUCUUGUUGUUGGAUUAUUGGUCUUUGCUUCUUUAAGGGCCACUUUUUUGUGGUUUAAUCGAUUCAUGAGGUAGAGGAUUGAUCAGUAUGACUAUUACUGACUAUUAUUAUUCAUGAGACAGAUAACGAUAUUUGGAAUUGAUUUACAUUUGCAGUGAAAAUAAGUAGAAUAACACAACUUACCGGAUGUGAACUUUGAGUCUAAGCUUGCCAUCACUGCCGCUUUACUGCUGGAAGCAACAAAAACAGCCCCUGAGCAGACAUGCUGAAAAUGGCAAGGUUGGCAGAGGAUUUGGAUUGUGCAGAAGUCAAAAUAAAUUCCCCUGACACCAUUUUGCAUCGGCACCAUUGCUGCUUCCUGGGCUUAACACUAUCCAAGACGAUAGUGAUUAGUUUAAAGAAAUACAAACACUCCAGAACACUUGUCCCACUCUAGUUGAAUGAUUUUGAGGGACAGCCAGACUACUCUCCUGCACUGACAGCGCUGUGGAGAUAGGCAGCAAAUGUCACUAGAAACACAAACUCCAACAGAAAACUUUGUUGAAAUGCCUUGAUGUUUCACAGAUUUAAUUAAAAGGGAACUUUUCAACAUUUAUCCUUCAGUGUUGAUUGGCUCUUAUUCAUUACCAGUCAGAUAGUGCUGUGGGCAGGGCACAGAGGGGACACAGAGUGGUGACAGAUAGAGAACGGCGGCUGUGUUAAAGCCAAAGUAGCAUAUUUUUAAAUUAAUCUAUUUAGUUAGAAUUGGUAAAAAAAAAAGUAAUGAUAUGGAAAAAAGCCAAAUGUCAUAUCCGGUACUCAGCCAGACUGAUAAUUGGUUGUCUGCUAUUUUUAAUGACAGAACACAAAGUUUUUUUUUUUCUUAUUUUCCUUGCUUUGGUUAAGCCACAUUUUCUUAAUGCAUUUGAUGGAAUGUUCUUCAGACUUUCCAACUAAAAAAAGCUUCAGAUCGGCCAUGUUUGUAAAGUCAUUCCAGAGCCCUGUGGAAAUGAGGUGCAGUGUCCUUCCCCCAGUCACUGGUGCUUGAUUUUCAUUGAUGGGACCACCUAUCUAAUAUGCUGCUAUUACACCCAAUAUGGCAGCUCUGAUCUGCUAAGGCAGGACUUCUGAAGGUGACCUCAGGUAUCUGGUACCAAGGUAGCAACACGUCCUUUAAGUCCUGGAGGUUGUUAGUUGCAGGUGCUGCAGUCCUACCUGGGAUUGCUGUAGGUGGACAUGCACCACUGCUGCCCAGGAGCACCCCACAAGCUAUGACAUCUCAGAAAUGUCAUCUGACUGUAACUAUCUGGCCCUUGUCAAAGUUGCUCAUUGCUAGUUGUCCAUUUCUCUCACAUCAAACACACCGACUGUUGGAAUGAGACAUCCACUUCCUGUCUAAUGCAGCCCACACCUUGAUAGGAACUGAGUUCAUGAGAUAACCAACAUUAUUUACUUUAUCUGAGUGGUCAGAAUGAUUUUGCUCAUCGAUGUAUUUGUUGAUGGUCUUAUUUUGGGAAGUGAAAUCCAUCCUGUUGCUUGUCAUGUGUGCCAUGUUGUGUUCUUUUAUGGGAGAAGUUUACACUGCAGUGCAGUGGUAUUCAUAAAAACGUAGGGCUUUAGUGGUAUGUGUAUUUGUGUUAACCGUUCAGUACAUUACGUUGAGUUCAAGAGAAGUCUUCCUCAGUUUAGAUUAUUAAUUCUUACACGAAGAAUUACAGCCAUUUAAACACUUUGUUUUCAGUUUUUCAGAAUAUUUUUUUAUUAAAUUUUGAGCACCGUACCGACAAACUGUGACUGCAAAUUUGAGGUACAUGUUGGACCAUGAAUUUACCUUCAGACCAAGUGUCUUAAAUGAACUUUUCUACUUCUCUGUGGUUCGAGCUGUUCCUAAUAAUUGAAUAUUUUUAAUUGUGUUGAACCUUCGUAAUAAAGUUUGGCUACUCUGGAAUCCAUA